GGUGCGGUUGUUGCCGUGGCCGUGACCGCCGUUUGCGUGUCUGCAUGUGUGUGUCCAUUCAAGGUUUCAAAACUACCCACAUUUGCGCAAUUCUUGUAAUUCUGUUGUAAAUUUUGAUCGAGUGAAUAAUCUUUGCCAUUUGGAUUACCUGGAGGGCGUUGGCAUAACACGGCGCGAACUAAAUCUUCAGCCGGUGGCGUUUUUCCUCUAAAAGUUAACCUUACUUUGUGACUGCAUCUCGUCCAGCAGCUUUGCUCAACACGAUUCGUGAAAUCAUUCUUCUUGGAGAACAACCUUCGCAGCCCUACUCAAAAAGGUCGCCGCCAUGCUGCCGGACGACGGGCCGGGGCCCAGGACGGGGCUCCGCGAGCUCGCCAAGCAGGUCGAGAAGGCCGCGCCGCCGCCGCCGCUGCCCACCACCAGGCAGGGCCCCAAGCCGGAGGGCGAGGCCUUCUGGCGCGCGCUCGGCUCGCCGCGCCUCGUCGUCGCCCCCAUGGUGGACGCGAGCGAGCUGGCGUGGCGCCUGCUGUCCCGGCGCCACGGCGCCCAGCUCUGCUACACGCCCAUGCUGCACUCGUCUGUCUUCAUCCGGGACCCCCGCUACCGCGCCGAGGCCCUCGCGUCCACGCCGGAGGACCGACCGCUCAUCGUGCAGUUUUGUGCCAAUAACACUGCUGUGUUGCUGGAGGCAGCGCUGCUGGCAGAGCCGUACUGCGACGCCGUGGACAUCAACCUGGGCUGCCCGCAGGCCAUCGCACGGCGGGGCCACUACGGCGCCUUCCUGCAGGACGACUGGGACCUCCUCAAGGAGAUGGUAAGCACCCUGCACGCGCGGCUGUCGGUGCCCGUUACGUGCAAAAUCCGAGUGUUUUCGGACGUGGGCCGCACCGUGGAGUACGCGCGCAUGCUGGAGGCGGCGGGCUGCCAAAUGCUGACCGUGCACGGCCGCACCCGGGAGCAGAAGGGGCCGCUGACCGGGCUCGCGAGCUGGCCGCACAUAAAGAAAGUCGUGGAGAGUGUCAAGAUCCCAGUUUUCGCCAAUGGAAAUAUUCAAUACCAGGGAGAUGUUGAACAAUGUAUUGCGGAGACAGGCGUCAAAGGUGUGAUGACGGCAGAAGGCAACCUGUACAACCCAGCACUGUUUGAGGGCACUAACCCUCCAUGUUGGGAACUUUGUCUGGAAUAUUUGGAUCUAGCCCAACAAUAUCCAUGCCCAACAUCAUUUGUCAGGACCCACCUCUUUAAAAUGAUGCAUCAUCUACUGUCGCUACCAGAAAAUGCAAUGGAAAGACAUGAAAUUGCCAAAGGACAAAACUUAGAAGAUUUCCGGAAAACUGUUUUAAAAUUACGAGAUCGUUUUCUGCCUUAUCACCAGGGGCUAAAAGUGUAUCCAGACAAGAGAGAUGAGACAAUUGCAGAGACAUGUGAUGUGGUUUUACCAGCGUGGCUUUGUCAGCCCUAUGUACGUAUUCCACCCGAAGAACACUUGCGCAAACUAGCAGAUAAGCAAAACAAGGUUGAAUCAUCCACCGAAAAUAAUAAAUCUGCAUCAGGCGAGAAAAGGAGUCUUGACGAUAAUGAAAACGAUUCUAAUCCACCACUCUCCAAAAAGAAGCUUAAAAAACUCCAGCACUCUCAAAAGAUCAAAUUAAAUCCACACAGUCGAAAGUGUCAAGAAAAGUGCUCUGAGUGCGCCAACCCUCUUGGAUCGAAGUGUGGCUUCAAGUUAUGUAGAGCAUGUUGUCGGAAAGCCUGUUUUGCUGAAAAACGGGAUUGUCCUGGCCAUCGAAUACUAACAAAAACACGUUACGAGAAACUACUGCACUAUCAAGCUCUUGAAGCUAGUGAAAAGAACAACAAUGCAGCCCAAGGAAAUGCUGAUUCAGCAGAUUGCAACUCCACAGACAACUCUAAUGACAGCCAUAGCAAUGAGGAGACUGAACAAUUAUCUGAGGCAUCUUGUGCUAAAGUGAAUGAAAAAAUGGAUUUAGAGGAACCUCAAGCUGAUGUGUCAAUUAACUCACUUAAUACAUAGUUAAGACAAAACUGUGAUGGUGACGUCGUAAAAAAGUAGGUUGGGGCAGAGGCAAGUUGUUUGUGUAUUGCAUUUUUGUCUAUGCAAAGCACUGCCUUUGGUUAGUGGGAAUGGGGGAGAUUUAAUGUCAGAUACAUUCUGAAAAUGUUCUGGGUAUGGAAUCCAAGUAAAAAGACUACCAUCAAAGCAUUAUUGAACUAUUCAUAGAAUACUGUACUUGAUUACUCUUAUUGUGUAGUAGUGUGAUUAAACUAAAAGAUUCUUGUGUUAUUUUUAAUACACAAUAUAUGUUUUAUAAAAACUAUAGUACAUGGCUGUGAUAUAGAUGUUUAAGGUACUCUGUGUUAUAAAUCUUAUCUGAUGAAGUCAAAUAUUAUCUCUUAAACAUAGUACCUCAAUUUUUAAGUUUUACAGAAGUGCUAUUCAUUAUUUUUUUUGUAUUUUCUGUGUACAUAUGGCUGUGGCAGUUAUUAUACUUUUCAGUAUGUUUGGAUCAAGAUGAUAUGACAAGUAUAUUACACAUCCCACAACAAAUCUUCUCUUGCAAAAUGAACGCAAUGGUACAUGGCCUUCUUUGAUAUGUGUCAUGUUCACAAAUAUUUUGUCAAAGUGGAAAAUCAUCAUGUUAUUUUAUUGCAACCUUUUAAACCCUCUGCUUCUUUAAAAAAGAAUGUUAUCCGAAGCACUUCAUGAAGAACUCAUUCAAAAGAAAGUUGUUGAGAUGUUACUGUUAUUCAGCUUUCGUACAAAUAUUUCUAGAGUAAUCAAUUUGCGCUACCAAAUCUACAAUUAAUGUAGGUUUACACUUUUAUUUUAGAUGUUAGAUUGCUGGAUAACCGUAGCUAACCAUUUGUACUUACCAGACAAUAAUUGUUAAUAGAUGUGGCAAGUGAUCACACUUGUUGAUCACAGGUCACACCAGGAAUAAAAUUAUUAGCUGAUGGUGCAUGGGUUGUGUAAAAAAAUUGUUUAGGUGGAUUCAGUACAGUAUAUGUGGUGUUUGAUGGUGCUCAGUAGUUCUUAUUCUUGACUUGGUGUAUACCUCAUCUUAUGUGCAGAGCCCUCCACUAUAAGUCUAUUUAAUGAAUUUCUUAGAUUGAAAAACAUUUGUAGGAUUUUACUAAAGGAAUUUGUAGUUGAAUUUGCCAUUCAUAACUGUCAAUGUAUGAACAGUGGAUCAUGCUUCUACUUAGACAUUAAUGCCAGAGGACUAACUAACUUUUUUAGGGAUUGAAACUUGUUAUUUUAACAUACAUAUAUCACCUUGGGUCAAUAUUGAAUCCAUCCAUUGUUUUCUUUCCGUAACGACAAGUGAAAUUAUAAGAAAAAAAUGUGCUGUCUGUCUCAUUAUGACUUUCUUUUAGGUAAGCAUGGCCUAAUACUGACAAUUUCUUUUAGAACACUUGUGUAACGAAAACGUGUAACAAAAUGCAGGACCUAAGUACUCAGAUCACACUAAGUCUGGUUUCCAUGAGGACCAACCAUUCCUUUUAUUUCUUACUUAGUUAUUUUUUACUUUCAUAUGCUCUGAUGAAAUGUUUUUGUACUUAAUCAAACUUUAUUGUUAACAAAUCCUUACUUUAACAUAUCAUAAAUAACAAAAAUACAGAAAUGCAAAAUGAAUAUGGACAACAUGCAAGGAACACAUGUGAAUGCUUAAUGGUCAUUCUUAUAUGUUUAUUUGGGAUCCAACCCAUUAAAAGACUACCUGACAUGUAUACUGAGAAACGAAUUUUAAAGAGUUGAGUAUGUUGAAA